AUGAAAGGAGGGCUUGUUACACCACAAGCGCAAAUAACCUGCCGGAUCAAGCACUGUACAAGUAGUACAAGUAGUACAAGUAGUACAAGUAGUACAAGUAGUACAAGUAGUACAAGUAGUACAAGUAGUACAAGUAGUACAAGUAGUACAAGUAGUACAAGUAGUACAAGUAGUACAAGUAGUACAAGUAGUACAAGUAGUACAAGUAGUACAAGUAGUACAAGUAGUACAAGUAGUACAAGUAGUACAAGUAGUACAAGUAGUACAAGUAGUACAAGUAGUACAAGUAGUACAAGUAGUACAAGUAGUACAAGUAGUACAAGUAGUACAAGUAGUACAAGUAGUACAAGUAGUACAAGUAGUACAAGUAGUACAAGUAGUACAAGUAGUACAAGUAGUACAAGUAGUACAAGUAGUACAAGUAGUACAAGUAGUACAAGUAGUACAAGUAGUACAAGUAGUACAAGUAGUACAAGUAGUACAAGUAGUACAAGUAGUACAAGUAGUACAAGUAGUACAAGUAGUACAAGUAGUACAAGUAGUACAAGUAGUACAAUGGCUCUGGCAACACUUCGGGAUGGUACGCAUUAUUACCCAACAAACAGUAGCGGCCGCCUGGAUGGUGGUGGUCCUCGUCGGCGACUUCCUCAACCGAUCAUCCAACCGGAAGAUGAAAGAACUGAUUCCGGAGGUGUGAUACGAUGA